CUACCGCCACGCGCCACCUGUAAUAGUCGAAUCGAGCGAGCGACAGAUGUUCAAUUCGUCGGCAAUCCAAAAGCUCUCUGUAAUGGCUGCUAAACCCCAACGCUUCCGCCAUCUUGCAGAGACCACUCCGCUGGGUGCCGCUGCCAAGAAGCACCGAAGUUUAACCACCAGUGCCGCUGAUUCCGACCCAAAUCCCAUGAAGCACGCCUUCUCCAAAUAUGCUACUUACCUCAACGAUCUGAACGACAAGAGAGAAAGGGUGGUGAAGGCAAGCCGGGAUAUAACUAUGAAUAGCAAAAAGGUCAUAUUUCAGGUGCAUAGAAUUAGCAAACACAACAAAGACGAAGUUUUAGAAAAAGCAGAAAAAGAUUUAGCUGCUGUGAUGGAUCAAUAUAUCUCUCGUUUAGUGAAAGAGCUCCAGGGGACUGACUUUUGGAAGCUAAGGCGAGCCUACUCUCCCGGGGUUCAAGAAUAUGUUGAAGCAGCUACGUUGUGUAACUUUUGCAAGACAGGUGCUCUUUUGAAUCUAGAUGAGAUCAAUGCUUCGUUGCAAACACUAAGUGAUCCAUCCGUUGAGCCAUUGCAGAUUAAUGUUCUUGACUACCUCUUGGGGCUUGCUGAUUUGACUGGGGAGCUGAUGAGGCUGGCUAUAGGUAGAAUAUCAGACGGUGAACUCGAAUAUGCUCAGAAAAUCUGCACGUUUGUGCGUGAAAUCUAUAGAGAACUGUUGCUUAUUGCCCCCAAAAUGGAGGACUCUUCGGACAUGAAAUCGAAGAUGGACACAAUGCUGCAAAGUGUAAUGAAAAUUGAAAAUGCUUGCUUUAGUGUUCGUGUCAGAGGAUCGGAGUAUAUUCCGUUUCUUGGAUCUGAAGAUACCAGCUUUUCUUGGUUAGGAGCUUCUAACGCCGAAUGAAGAAACUGCAUAAAAAGUGCGUCACAUGUAUCUCAUUUCAGAUUUACCAAUCUACCUGCAGAUUUUGUUUUAUUAGUGAAUGAUAUUUGCUUAUCUUUCGGACACUACAAUUUUCUGCUGGAUGUAUACUUGCUCCUCGCGGACCUUUGUAGAAGGUGAUUAUCCAUUUAGAUGUUUCAAAUCAGUCCUAUGUUGUUAUAUGGUAAAACUGAAUCUUUUACUUCUAACUUGUUGACGCCCGAAAAGAGAUAAUAUGAUCGUAAAUUUGCUCGCACCUUA